AUGCCGAUAAGCACCGCGUUGCCGCUGCUUGAGCUCGUACUCUUGACGCCCCACCAGCAGCAGCAGCAGCAGCAGCAGCAGCAGCAGCAGCAGCAGCAGCAGCAGCAGCAGCAGCAGCAGCAGCACAAGCAAGAACAGAAGCAACAGCAGCAGCAACAGGAACAAGAUCAGCAACAACAGAGAGUUCGAGCCAUACCCCCAAAGAAGCAGCAGCAACAGCAGCAACUCAACCAGCACCAGCAACAGCAGCAGCAGCAACAGCAGCAACAGCAACAGCAGCAGCAGCAGCAGCAACAGCAGCAGCAGCAGCAGCAGCAGAAAGUGCAAAAUACCGCUUGA